AUGGGCGAAAUGGGCGCCUUUCCUCCGCCGCCGGUCAACACCAUUGACUGGUCCAACGUCGGCUUCCGCGUCCGCGAAGUCAACGGCCACGUCGAAUCGACCUACUCCGUCAAGACGGGCGCGUGGACGCCCCUCAGGUUCGUCGCGGACCCGUACAUGCGCAUCCACGGCAUGGCCCCGGCGCUCAACUACGGGCAGCAGGCCUACGAGGGGCUCAAGGCCUUCCGCAUGCCUGGCGACGCCAGCAUCGCCAUCUUCCGCCCGGACCGCAACGCCGCGCGCCUGCAGCACUCGGCCGAGGUCGCCUGCAUGCCGCCCGUGCCCGUCGAGCUCUUCCUGCAGGCCGUCAAGGCCGCCGUCGCCCUCAACGCCGGCUACGUGCCGCCGCACGAGACGGGCGCGGCCAUGUACAUCCGCCCGCAGAUCUACGGGUCCAGCGCCCAGCUGGGGCUGUCGGCGCCCGAGGAGUACACCUUCUGCGUCUUCGUCAUCCCGACGGGCGUCUACCACGGGUCGCAUCCCGUCAAGGCGCUCGUGCUGGACGAGUUUGACCGCGCCGCGCCCAACGGCACCGGGCAUGCCAAGGUCGGCGGCAACUAUGCGCCUGUGCUGCGCUGGAGCGACAAGGCGCGCGCCGAGGGCUUCGGCAUCACGCUGCACCUGGACAGCGCCAAGCACGAGGACAUUGACGAGUUCAGCACCAGCGGCUUCAUCGGCGUCAAGACGGGCGCCGCCGCCGGCGACAAGGACGACGACGGCGUGACGCUGGUCGUGCCCGACUCCAAGUGCGUCAUCGACAGCGUGACGAGCAGCAGCGUGCUGGCGCUCGCGCAGAGCUACGGCUGGAAGGUCGAGAAGCGCGUCAUCAAGUACGCCGAGCUGCCCUCCUUCAGCGAGGUCUUUGCCGCGGGCACGGCCGCCGCGCUGGUGCCCAUCCGGAGCAUCACGCGCCGCGGCACGAGCGGCCUCGCCGACGGUCCCAAGGUGACGAGGACGGCGGACGGCGCAGAGACGGUGACGUAUAUCCCUGACGACGUGGAGGACGCGGGGCCGGUGUGCUUGAAGGUGCUGACGGCGCUCAAGAGCAUCCAGCUGGGCAAGGUGGAGGACAAGUUUGGGUGGCGGUUUGCGGUGAGCGAGGAGGACGGGCGGGCGGUUGUGGGGGAUGGGGUUGGCUUUGAUGCGCAGACGGUGGAUGAGAUGGAUUGA